UUCUGACAAUCAUUUGUUAUUAUUUUUUCUAGCAAUGACAAAGAAUUUCUAAGUUAACAAAUAGUAAUAUAUACUGUUAAUAACAUAUUAAGUUUAAAAUCAGAAAUACCAGAAAAUGGAUGCAGUUACAUUAAAUAACACCAGUAAAGACACAAACGGCAUAUUGCCCAAGGCGAAAGACGAAGAUACCGGCUUUACUUCCUGCGGCACACACUUAGAUAUUAAAGGGAGAAAGUUGACAGUACGCAUGCUGCGUAUGAAUUUAGGUACUUUAGUGACCAUAUCUCCUCAAGGCAAUGAAAGCAUUAAUGAAAUGGGAGUUGCAUGUCCGGCGGUAUGUGCCGGAGCAUCCUCGUCAAGCACAACACUAUUCGGACCAGAAUACGCAUCCAAUUCUCAACGCUUAGCGGAUUUAUGGAGCAAACGCUACAAGCGGCAAUUUAUAGUAAGCUGCAAUGUACAAACCAAUGACAUUGAUGGCGCUAACAUAGAAAAGGCUUUAAGCGACUGGAUAUGCGCGAAUGUGUAAGCAAAAAAUAUAGCAAUGGAUUUCAACAACUACACCAACAAAAUACUAUACUGUCACGACAGUAAUAUCAAUAUGAAAAUAAAUUGAAAUUCUUUCUUGCUAAAAAAAAACAUAACAUUAUUUUUAAAUUAAAUGUUAAUUAUGUAAGAUUAGUCUAAGUGAACUUAUUAAAAUUGCUUUAAUAAAACCCGUUUAUAAAUUUGACG